AUGCUCGCGCGCGGCCGCUCGUCGCGGCGCGUCGCAUUGGUGCGACCGCUGGCGAGCGGCCCCACGGUCGCCGACGGCGUGCUGAAAUCCGUGCCCGUCGCUUUGACGACGCUCGACUACGUGGGCACCGUCGCGUUCGCCGCGUCGGGCACGAUGGUCGCGGGCCAGGCGGGCAUGGACGUGCUGGGCUGUUGUUUCGUCGGUACGGUGACGUCCCUCGGCGGCGGGACGAUCCGCGACCUGCUGCUGGGCCGGACGCCCGUGUUCUGGUUCAAGGACACGAGCUACCUGCUGUUGUGCCUCGGCACGGCACUCGCGACGUUCUUCGCGCGCGACUCGCUCGAGGAGGCGGGCUUGCUCGACGACGAGGUCUUGUGGUGGGGCGACACGCUCGGCAUCGGCGCGUUCAGCGUCGUCGGCGCGCAGGCCGCCGCGGGCGUCGGCAUGCAUCCCGUCGUGACGGCGCUGUGCGGCAUGUUCACGGCGACGUGCGGCGGUUUGGUGCGCGAUGUGCUCUGCCGGCGCCAGCCGCGGCUGCUGUACAGCCCGAAAGCCGAGGCGCCGGCGGCGGCCGGCACGCUCUACGCGCCCGCGGCGCUCGCCGGCGCGUCGCUCUUCACGCUGCUGAGCCGCGUCGGCGCGCCGGCGCCCGCGGCGGUCGCGCUUGGCGGCGCCUGCACGGUCGCGGUGCGUCUGUAUGGCAGCGUCUUCAACGUCAAAUUGCCG